UGAGAUCCUAUUUUCCACUUAAAAACAGAUGAGGAAAUUGGUAAAGAUUUCCUUGGCUCCUGGAAAUCUAUGUCAGUGAAAGAUGAUGCUUUGGAUUUUAGCUUUGAGACAACCACAAAGGGAAAGAAUAAGGCGUUUAACUUCGACAAGCUGGAUAUUGAUUUUAAUCUGGAUGAUGAUUUUGGCAAGUUUUCAUCAUUCAAAGUGGACAUGCCUGAUCUUGACUUCUCAUCACCCGCAAAAAAGGAUGCAAAAGCAACGGAAAAAUCUAAAGAGGAAAGUAACAGUGGGAAGCAACAAGAGAAAAAAGAUCGCUUAGCUUUCUCUUUUAAUUUUAAUGAGUUGGAUGAUUUUGAUUUUGAUUCAGCCCUGAAUAAAGGAGAGAAGACUAGUAAGAAAAACCAGGAAAGCAAAGACGCUGAGUUGGAUGAUUUUGAUUUUGAUUCAACCUUAAAUAAAGGAGAGAAGACUAGUAAGAAAAAUAAGGAAUGCAAAGCCGCUGAGUUGGAUGAAUUUGAUUUUGAUUCGACCCUAAAUAUUGGAGAGAAGACUAGUAAGAAAAACCAGGAAGGCAAAGCCGCUGCUUCUGAGAGUACUGAAGUUUCUAAAAUUGAUCAAGCACUUGAGGAUGAUCUCAUAACUGAAAGACUUCCAGAAUCAAGGGAUGCAGCCAAUUCGAAGGCUGAGACAUCCAAGGGUCGGGUGGAGGCUUGCAAAUCCACAGAUAACCCUUGUUCCUCAAAAGCUGUUCCUGCACAGGGGCCUGCACCUGAAAAAAUGGAUACAGCACAGGGAUCAAGAAUUUCUCCAGAGACAUCACUGGAUACCAAUGCCGAAGAAACAUAUAAAUCAAGUCCCUCGCCAGAGAGGGAGGUUUCAUCAGAACUCUAUGAUCAGCAGUCCUUACAAAGUUCACCCAUGGAUUCCCGUAAUGUGAACAAUUCAAACCCAGAAACAAUUUCCGACAUGCAGGCAGAAGUUUGUUCUCAGGGAAGAAGAACAAAAACCAGUUCCGCUUCAGAGCAAAAUGUCAAAGACAAUGUGAUAAUUAAUGAGUCCAUUCAGGAAAAUUUGCACCGGAAGAACUCAUUUCCGCUAUCAGAGACUGACAGAGAUGGAAGAAAAGGAGCAGGUGGCAAUAUCCCAGCAGAAAUAGAUGACAGUCUAUUAGUGCAAGAUGGUAUAGUUCUGAAAGGCAUUAACACUGCAGGCUUAUCAACAGACAAUAUUGCAGCCAAGAAGUAUAUCCAGAAUCCAACUCCCAAACUUCCUUCAGUUUCAUUGGACAGAUGCAGUGAACCAACAGACACUGAACAGACAGCUAGAAAAGGAAAAGAAGCUGGGGCUAUUCGCUCAAGGUUUUUCAGAAGACUAGAGGAAAACAGAUCUCAAUUGCAUCAACCAUCAGAAAUUGGAAAAGAGGUUUCCUCAUUUAGUGGGAAAAAUAAUGGUGGCAUGCAUUUAAGCCCCGUAUAUGAGAAAAGGGAGGACUUUGGUGCUAGUGAAGCACAGAGUGUAAGAAAACUGGUUGAUUAUUCAAAAUUAAGUUCGCAAGAACUGACAAAAAGGAGGUCUGUUUUGCAGCAAAGUGAAAACAAUAUUGGAAGUUCUAGUGAUAUCAGGGCUGGUUUUGCUGCUGGUGCUAUACAAAAUGGUGCCCACAAAUUGAUCAGUAAAUCAAGUUUGCAAGAUAAAGCAGCAAGAAAAGGAGACCCUGUCCUUUUAAGAACCGAAAAGAACGCAAGCAAAUUGUUAACUGAGCUCUGCAAGCUUAUGUGGAUUCCUUGCAGUCUGCAAGCUAAUCCUCCUAACCAUACCGAGAAGACAACUGAAUCUAGUGUCCAGAAAUCUUUGAAUCCCAAACUUCAGGUUCCAAAAAUGCACUCCAUCCAGAACUCGAUGUUUCAUUCUGAAGCACAUAAAAUUACCAAGAAAGCACCUGCUCUCUCUUGCAUUAAAAGCACAAGGAGUAUAGGACCAAAGACGGAUCAUAUGAGUUCUCAGAAGGAAACCAAUUCAUUGGGAAACUUAGAGCAAAACAAGGAUACUAGAGGAAAUACAUCUAACAUUGUCCUUCCAGUAGGAGUAGCUGAGACACAAACACCAAAGUUCCCAUCCUUGAAGCGUAAAACAUUUCAGUAUUUUCUCAAAGCUGUUCCACAGGAAUCGAAUGGAGACACGGUGUUGUUGAAAUCCCUUAAAAGGCUUUCGCAAUCACCAACUGAAAGCAGGAAUCUUACAGAAUCUUCCGAGAGAGUUGCUAAUAAAGAGGUAUCUGAUCGACCAAACUUGUACAUUUCUGCAUGA